AGAGAAAUUAAGGGAAAUUAACAAGAAAACAGUGGCGCUUCCAAUUCCAAGAACCCAUUAGGGCAAACGCCCAAGAUCGGCUUGAAAAGCGGCAAAACAGCCAUGAAUUCAAAUUCAAAAUGGUGAUAUCUUCACUGCCAAAGGCAAUCGUACCAAUAGCAAAAUCCUUUGUCCUCCAAUUUCGACAACCUCUCAAAAUUUCCCAAGGAUUCCCCAAAACCCUUUGUUUAUUCACAAAAAUGUCUUCUUGGACAUGCUCCAAGUGCACGUUCAUCAAUCCCCCCGCCCAGAAUUCGCGCUGCGAAAUCUGCCUCUCCGCGCCACCUCAGCCGCUCGUAUUGGCCCCAUCGCCGCCACCUGAAUCCAUGUGGUCAUGCGCCGUAUGCACAUUAUUGAACCCUUAUUCCAGAGCAAUAUGCGAAAUAUGCGGCACUAGGGCCACCGCGACUCGGCUGACGACUCUUGAAAUUGAUGAUGAUGAUCUCGACAAAGAUUUCUCCGUCGGCAGCGUUUUCCAACCGCUGAAGGCUUGUAGCAGUGCCAAUAAAGAAAAUAUUGAUGUCGGCGGCGAUGCUAGUUGUUCUGCAAAGUUGAGUGUUGAUAAUGGUGGUAGUAGAGUGUGUGAUGAUGGGGGGAAAUUAGGUUUAUCUGCUGGACUGCGGCUUUGCAGUAAUAAGAGGAAAGAUAGGGAGGAAGAUGAUGGGGGUCGCUCUUCCGGGUUUCGAGCUAUAAAGGAUUCAAGUAAGCCCAUUGUAGCUAAACCAUUAGCAGCAGCAGCAGCAGCAGCAGCAGGUGAAACUCAUUUGUGCUCGGAAUCAAAAACAUGGAAGCUUUUGAGCUACAACGUUUGGUUCCGUCAAGAAGUUGAGAUGCACAAGAGGAUGAGAGCACUUGGGGACCUUAUCGAAUUGCACUCACCUGAUGUGAUGUGCUUUCAGGAGGUUACUCCCAUUUCUUAUGACAUCUUCCAGAAAUCAAGCUGGUGGAAGGGGUACCGUUGCUCGCUGCCAGAUGAGACUGCAUUCCCAGCAGGAUACUUCUGCAUGCAGUUAUCCAAAUUGCCAGUUAAAUCCUAUAGCAGCAAGCCCUUCCACAAUUCUGUCAUGGCACGAGAGCUUUGUGUUGCAGAAGUAGAAGUGCUGCCAGGAACGACAAUGGUUGUUGCCACGAGCCAUUUAGAAAGUCCGAAUCCAAGCCCUCCGACUUGGAACCAGAUGUUCAGCAAAGAACGUGUUGUGCAGGCUAACGAGGCCUUGAGGUUGCUGGGGAAGAAUGAGAAUGUGAUAUUCUGCGGUGACAUGAACUGGGAUGAGAAACGGGAUGGGGCUUUUCCUCUAGCGGGCGGAUGGGUGGAUGCGUGGACAGAGCUGAGGCCCGGAGAAGAUGGAUGGACUUACGACACAAAAUCGAACAAGAUGCUGACUGGCAGCCGGGGUGUGCAGAAACGACUGGAUAGAUUCAUUUGCAAGCUGAAGGAUUUGAAGAUAAGGAAGAUUGAGAUGAUUGGUAGAGAUGCGAUUGCAGGCGUGUCGUAUAUCAAAGAGAAAAGAGUGAAAGGGCAGGUGAAGGAGCUGUCGCUUCCAGUUUUGCCUAGUGAUCACUAUGGUUUGCUAUUAACAAUCUCUACCACUUAGCACCAAUACACUUCCUUCACUUUUGCUCUUUCCCCAUAAUUUUGAGUACAAGGGCCUCCAAUUUUUAUCAUCACUGUUUAUAUCUCAACUUGAUUGUGGAGAACCCUGUAGCCUAGUGUAUCUGCCUGCAGGCUCACUUUUUUUUUUUCUGAGAAAGUAGUCAAUUUUCAUUUAUAUCUAUUACAUGACAUAUCUCAAUCUGUUCAUCUUCAA